UGUUGUGAUAUAUAGCCUUACAUCUGAAUUUAAUCCUUGAUAUCCAAUUUCCUCGAUCGAUAAGGAGAAACUACGUAGCAGCAUAAUAUUUAGACGCGUUCAUUGAGAAGGAAAAGACGAGUACAGUAUGGACAACUUCGUGUGUAAUACUUGGCACAUGAUCUUGGUGGCCUACGAAAUAGCUGACAAGCUUGUGGACCUUUUCACUGCUAACAACUAUAAAGACGGAAACAUCACUAACAAUCCUAAGGAGAGUGUUUAUAUCGCUCUUAUGGUAAUCUUUUGCCUUUCAUUGCCCGUGACAGUCCUUCGCGUUGUUCUCUACCUUCAUAGAAUGCAUCUCUACCGCAGUGGCGACGACAGCAAUGACAAGGUGCAUCAUGCCAUCAACAUGUUGAUGAGUUGGGCCAAAAUGUUGUUCGAAGCUUUUCCCCAAGCAACGAUUGCGUUGUUUUACUUUGGCGACUGUGCACCAACGAAUUCUACGAAAACCAUGGUUCAAGCCUUCAACACCUUCUCCAUAUUUCCCUUUAUCAUGUUUAUAUGUUAUGCUGUUUUCUACUUCUAUGCUCACGUAGAAAUGGCGGAUCGAUUGAUAACGUACUCCACCGCGCUUUUAACUCAGUUCCUUAUCUGUUUGACUGGGUGCAUCUUUGCUGGUAUAUCGAUAAACAAUUUCAACGAACCAUGCAUUGAGCCUGAUUUCUAAACAUCUAAACAUGAACAUGUACUUCUACCUUUUAAAGACCAGCAUGCUUUCCACAGCUUGUGAAAACCAUUCUAACAUGGUUAGCCUGAUGUUGAUAUUUGUAUUUGGAGACGUGUUAUACAUCCGUUAAACGAACGAAAAACUCAUUCUUGUAAUGUCGCAAUAAUUUACAGCUAUUUCUCACGUAAGGGUCUCUGUUCGAUAUUUUUCUUGGUCACAGACUGCGAGAGAUUUUCCAACACACCCAUUGUAAAGAAACAUUUAGUUAGUUAUCGACGAGAGGUGGUUAGAUUAGAAAAAUCGCUCUACGUGAUGUUUCAAGCUUUGUUAACGAGUUUUACUAAUGAAACAGUUUAAAGAAUAAAACCGUGUAGCUUUAAAGAUGCACGUAGCAACUUUCUAUCGGUGGAAUAUUUUCAUGCGCAUAUUACUCGCUCAAAAUGGAAUGCAAUGAGUUACGGGAACUUCUAUU